AUGGCGUCUUCUUCCUCGAAUGUAGUGGGUGUCCACUACCGUGUGGGUAAGAAGAUCGGCGAGGGUUCUUUUGGUGUCAUUUUUGAGGGCACCAACCUCCUGAACAACCAGCAGGUGGCCAUCAAAUUUGAACCUCGCAAGAGCGAUGCUCCUCAGCUGCGUGAUGAGUACCGGACGUACAAGAUCUUGGUUGGAUGCCCCGGUAUCCCCAAUGUCUACUACUUCGGACAGGAGGGUCUGCACAACAUCCUCGUUAUCGACCUUCUUGGACCCAGUCUCGAGGAUCUCUUCGAUCACUGCAACCGCCGGUUCACGACCAAGACCGUUGUUAUGGUCGCCAAGCAGAUGCUUUCGCGCGUGCAAACAAUUCACGAGAAGAACCUGAUCUACCGUGAUAUCAAGCCCGACAACUUCCUCAUCGGUCGCCCGUCAACCAAGGCGGCCAACGUCAUCCAUGUCGUUGAUUUCGGUAUGGCCAAGCAAUAUCGUGACCCCAAGACCAAGCAACACAUCCCUUACCGUGAGCGCAAAUCCUUGUCGGGUACUGCUCGGUACAUGAGUAUCAACACACACUUGGGUCGUGAGCAGUCACGACGAGAUGACCUGGAAGCUUUGGGUCACGUUUUCAUGUACUUCCUGCGAGGUGGUCUCCCCUGGCAGGGAUUGAAGGCUGCCACCAACAAACAAAAGUACGAGAAGAUUGGCGAGAAGAAGCAGACGACUGCUAUCAAAGAUCUUUGCGAGGGAUAUCCAGAGGAAUUCAACAAAUAUUUGAGCUAUGUUCGCAACCUUGGCUUCGAGGAUACCCCUGACUACGACUAUCUGCGCGAUCUCUUGACGCAGGCCCUCAAGAACGCCGGAGAGGUGGAAGAUGGAGAGUACGACUGGAUGAAGCUGAACAACGGUCGUGGUUGGGAUUACAAGUCCUAUUCGUCACAGGCCCACCUCCACAACCAGCACCACAGCUCCUCAGGCCGCGAUUUGCAAGGCAACCAGCUUCGCAGCAGCCAGCGUCCCGGUGUGACUGCCGAUCGUUUAAACGCGGCACAGCCGCCGCCUCCAUCUCCAGCCAACAAGGCCGGAGCUGGAAAGCCGCGCGAGCGACCAAGCGCCGGCGGCGUGCCACCGAAGCGCCAGAGCGGAAACUUGGAAGCCACGACUCCAGCCGCAUCUACUCAGGCUCAAUUCCAGAACUCCAACGCCCAUCUUCCAGGUCGCAUGGGAAGCCCCGGUAACCCCGGCCUGAGCAGCCAGCAAGUUGGCGGACAAGGGACCAGCGACCCGCAGCCCACUUUCGUCCAGAAGGUGAUGAAGGCUUUGUGCUGCGGUUGA